AUGGAGAUGAGGCUUGUCGCCUGUGAGCGUAUGUCAAGGACACAAUGCUCGAAAAAGACUCCAUUGAGUUCGUGCUUCGUGGAGCAGCUUGUCUGCAAUGGAGAUGAGGCUUGUCGCCUGCGAGCGUAUGUCAGGGACACAAUGCUCGAAAAAGACUCCAUUGAGUUCGUGCUUCGUGGAGCAGCUUGUCUGCAAUGA